AUGAGCGAAGAAAAAGUUGUAACCGAUAUUAUUACGUUGACCCGACAUGUUCUUGAUGAACAACGUAGACAUAAGGAUGCCACUGGCGAUUUAACUUUGUUAUUAAAUGCCAUUCAACUUGGCUGCAAAUUCGUAGCGACCAAUGUUCGAAAGGCGAGAGUUGGUCUUGCUGGCGGCGCAUACAAUAUUUCGGGUGAUGAACAAAAAAAACUUGAUGUUAUCUCAAACGAAAUUUUUAUCAACGCACUUCGCUCUUCUGGAAAAGUGGCCGUGAUGGUUUCCGAAGAAAAUGAUGAAGCAAUCAUUGUUGAAGAAGGAUUGAAAGGGAAAUAUUGUGUAGUGUUUGAUCCGUUGGACGGUUCUUCUAAUAUUGAUGCAGGUGUCAAUAUUGGUACAAUCUUUGGCGUCUAUCGUGUGGCUGAAGGGUCACCUGGGACAGUCAAGGAUGUUCUUCGUCCUGGCAAUGAAAUGGUUGUUGCCGGUUAUUGUAUGUAUGGUAGUUCGGCAAAUAUGGUUAUUUCUGUCGGAAAUGGAGUGAAUGGUUAUACCCUUGACGAUUCUAUUGGUGAAUUUAUCCUUACUCAUCCCAAUAUCAGAAUCCCAUCCCGUGGCAAGAUAUACUCAGUGAAUGAGGGUAAUGCAAAGUACUGGCAUGAAGCUUGCGAAGAAUAUUUCCAUUCGCUUAAAUUUCCACCAGAAGGUAAAAACCCAUAUUCGGCCCGUUAUAUCGGAUCUAUGGUAGCAGAUGUUCAUCGUACAUUUUUGUACGGUGGAAUCUUUGCGUACCCUGCCGAUAAGAAAUCCAAAAGUGGGAAGCUUCGUUUGUUAUACGAAUGCUUUCCUAUGGCCUUCCUAGCAGAACAAGCGGGUGGUAAAGCUAUUACUGGCCAUGAAAGAGUACUCGAUGUUUGUCCAGAUGGUAUUCAUUCUAGAUGUCCAAUUUUCUUAGGCAGCAAAGAUGAUGUAGAAGAUGUUGAAAGGAUUUAUAAAAA